AUGGCUGUACCGUUGAAUACUCUGGUCACUGAUAGGCCUGAAAUAUCAGCAGUUUUCAUAGAUAAGGAGGACGAGCUGCCUGAGACCUUUGGCCAACACCUCUUCACUCACCACGCAUUGCACGCAAUAUGCCACGAUGCUGGGCUCCUUACGCCGGACGAGCCGAUCAGAGGCAUGGCCAUGGGCAUUUGGGAUGGUCUCUCUGACAGGAACAAGAUCUUCUGGACUGAGCGGGCGGCGACAGCGAAACUGGUUCGAGAUCGCGAGGAUUUCCUCCUGACCGAUGGCUCCACUAGCUUGGCCAGAGACCACGAAGAACGGACGAGGAUCGCAGUCGUCGAGUACAAGCGCUCAUUGAUGAGUGACAAUAUCUCCAUCGCAGAUACAGCGAGCAUCGCAGACACUGUAUUGACCGAGGAAGAUCUCGAUGAGCUGGAUGCUGUUGAGCCAAUUGUCCACCGAGUCGAUGAGGAGACCACACGAGAUUCAAAUGACGAGGCACGAUCAGCUCCAACAGCUGCUGACAGGAUGAGUGCCACAGUACCAGCCCCCGAUGUUCUGAAAGUGCCGUCGGACGAUGGCAGCGAUAGCAGUGGCGCCUUUUCUGAUCGUGAGCUUCGGGAUUUACAGAACUGCGACACAAGUCAUGAACUUUUGGAUCUCGAGACGCCGGCAACGAGCACAGUGUCGUUGCCAUCAGCAGAAGUUGGUAGCGAAGAGAAGAACCCAGCAGGCGACGCGAGGGGAGAUGCAGUCAUGGUUUCUGAAGCCAUCGCAGACAGCCAUCCCGAGCCCAGCAAGCCAGAUGAUGCAGCAGAAGCUGCCAGUGAGCCCGGCUUGAUAUCAGAAGUAACCUCCGCUGCGUCUACCGUGCCAGCCUGGAUCGCACAAUCCUUGGAUUGGGCCGAAGAGAGUCAGGAGCAGGCCGACAGAGACGCUGCUGCCCACCCGCAGGGCAUAGCGCCACAUGCCUCGAGUGAAGCGCCUGCAGUGAGACAAUCAGCUCCUGAGCCCACGGAUGUAGAUUCAGCAGGGAAUCCCAGCAAGGUCUUGUGGGUUGGCAGCCUGCGGAACACCACCACAGUACAUCUACUGAAAGCGACAUUUGCGAAGUUUGGAAAGGUCGAAUCUGCGAAGGUAAUGCCUAAGAAGGCCUGUGGCUUCGUCCACUUUGUGAAUCUUGAGAGUGCCGUCGCUGCAAAGCGUCAGAUGAACGGAAAAAGAAUUAUCAAUGGUCGCGACCCUCUUCUGAUCAGAUUUGCAGAGGAUCGAUCUCGUAAGGUACCGCCAGUGCCGAAGCAACGAGUCGUGAGCAUGAUCAAGCCAGGCAGCAACAAUGAGUCACCGCAGCCUGAAAGGGAGCAGCCGCCCAUGCCUAGUGGGAAGUCUGUCAAGGCCACCACCACAGAAGAUGCCGUUGACUUGUCAGACAACAGGAGCAUCAAGACUACGACUAGCACAGACACGCGAUCCACGAGCAAUUUACAUACCUUCAGCACUGCUCAGCUUGAGGAGGCCAAGCGAUUUGCAUCACAGGCAACGAGAGGAGGAAAGCCUCCAAAAGGCAAGCCUGUGACGUUGUCCGGCGCAGUCGAAAACCGACCUAAGAAGGCCGCGAGUUCUGCAGCGAUUCGCAAAGGUCAUAUCGCCAAUGGACCUGUGCCCAAAGCACCGCAAGAGGGCUCCAUACCUGUCAACAAUCCCAUCGCAAAAACGGUGCCGCUCGCUAAAUGGGAGGAGCCUGUGAAGGUCCGCGACUUCGGUGUACCAACAAGCAUCGAGCCACAGCCCAAGGACGAGGGUGGAAAAGGCAAAGAUUUCUUCCUCUUCCAUGCGUUACCAAUAGUAUGUGAGGAUCUAGAGAUCGACGAGCCAGAUGAUUAUGCACAAUCUAUCGCCUCUGAUAUGUGGACUGACCUGCGGCCGCAAGUCAAGAAGAGCUGGAUCGAGGAUUCUAGAUCAUUGCGUGGCUACUCGGUUCGCAAGCCAGGUCUCCUUUCCGCACAGAAGAGGUUCCAGGACUCGCAUUUCACGAAGGACUACCGCUCGCAGAUCUUGAAGGCGUUAGCUAUUCGCAACAAUGGAGAGCUUAAGUACCUACAGCCGGAGUUCAAGAAGCUGAUGCUGAUUGAGAAGAGAAGGCGUAAGCAAGAAAGGGAGAGAGAAAAGCGUCAACUGCAACACGCGGCUGAGAAGCAGGCUGAAGCUGAAGAGCAGAAGCGAACCGACUCACAAGCAGAGAAGGUUGAUGAGCCUGGAGAGGAGACGCGAAGUGAAAUACCUCUGCCGUCUGAAGAAAAGGAAGUCAAACAGAUUUCGGAAGGGCCCGAGAAUGGGCCAGAGUCCACAUUGCUAGAUGAGAAAGCCACCUUGCUGCAGGACCAGCCAGCGGCGUCACCACAUGUCGCUUCCGUAGCUGAUCCACCCCCACCUUACGAGAGCGAUGCUGCAGCAGGAUCAUCAUCAGAGGCGACGAAGGAUGAGUGGAAGGUCGCUGGAAAGAAAUCCAAGUCGUCUGCAAACGAUACAGCGAAGCGUGCCAUGAAGAAGAUGCCAUGGAACAAGGUCGCAAAGGGUUGA